AGGGAGCAGUAAGUUAGAAAGGGUGGGGGAACCAAGAAGCUGAGCCACGAGAAAAGUACCGGCGAUGGCUUCCAGAGCUGUGGCUUCAAGAGCGAUCCGAAUCAAGACGAAGCUGUCUUCCGAGCUGAAACCGGUCCUGAUCGAUGUGGAAGACGUCUCCCACCAGCACGCCGGCCACGCCGCCGUGAAGCAUAGCGGAUCCGGCGGCGAGACGCACUUCAACGUGAAGAUCGUCUCCGACAAAUUCGACGGCCAGAGCCUCGUGAAACGGCACCGUAUGGUGUACGGCCUUCUCGACGACGAGCUCGGAUCUGGACUCCACGCUCUAUCGAUUGUGGCUAAAACCCCCAAAGAGGCUUGAAUUUGUCCCUAGUUUCAUUCCAUUUUAGUGAGUGCGGCAAAAAUCCUUGAAGAACCUUUUUUUUUUUAAAAUCUUAUUUCUAUCUUUUCGUUCUGAAUUUUUUUCUUUAUUUAUUUGCUCCAUCUGCUUCUUUCACUUCUGAAAAAUUAUUGAAUUUAUAUUUAGCAUUAAUCGUUUUAAAGUUCAUGUUCAUUAUAUAAUUGCAGUCGUAAAGUAAUUAAGUAUGAUUAUGUAU